AUGCAUUCAGACACACUCAGAAAGCAGUUCCCUUACAUUCAGGUUGAAAAUGCUACAACUAGGAUACUUCAAGGGGAGAAACAGGUAUUGAAAGCAAAUGUUUUUAAAAUCUUGGUUUAUGAUGCUAGAGCUACAUGUUAUCUGUUACUGUUACAGAAACAGUUGAGGGACAUACAAAGAAAGAUUCAGCAGAGAAUCCAGGAGAAAAACAAUGAGCUUCAGAAGCUGAAAGAGGCUGUGGAGACUCAUAAGCGCUCCGCACAGGCAGCAGUGAAGGACAGUGAGAGGAUCUUUACUGAACUGAUCCGCUCCAUUGAGAGAAGUCACUCUGAGGUGAUAAAGAUGAUCAGAGAUCAGGAAAAAACUGAGGUGAAUCGAGCUGAAGGACUCUUGGAACAACUAAAGCAGAAGAUUGAUGAUCUGAAGAGGAGAGAUGCUGAACUGAAGCAGUUUUUACACACAGACGAUCACAUACAUUUCCUGCAGAGUUUCCAGUCUCUAUCUGAUCUUCCUGCAUCUAGAGAAAACAUCAUCAGUUCUUUUUCUUAUGAUGAUGUGCGAAAGUCUAUCUCUAUGCUUGAGGAUCUCUGUAAGGAAGCAAUUGAAAGUAUAUUUGGUAAAGUGACAUACAUCGAGAUUAUUCCCACCGCUGAAUUUAGGACCAGAGCUGAGUUCUUGCAAUAUACCCGCCAGCUCACCCUGGAUCCAAACACUGCACAUAAAUAUCUCCGUCUGUCUGAAGGCAACAAAGUGGCUACUUUUAUUGGUGCUGACCAGCGAUAUCCUGUUCAUCCGGACCGAUUUCAUGAUUUCUUUCAGGUGUUGUGUAGAGAGAGUGUGUGUGGACGCUGUUACUGGGAGGUGGAGUGGAGUGGGACGUCCGGGGUAUAUAUAUCAGUGUCAUAUAAGAGCAUCAGAAGGAAGGGAAGUGGUUUUGAGUGUGGAUUUGGGUUAAAUGAUCAGUCAUGGAGAUUGUUUUGCUCUAAAUCACGAUACUCAUUCUGUCACAAUAGCAUGAAGACUGAACUCCCUGUGGUCUCCAGCUCCUGUAGAACAGGAGUGUAUGUGGAUCACAGUGCAGGAAUUUUGUCCUUCUACAGCAUCUCUGACACGAUGACCCUCAUCCACAGAGUCCAGACCACAUUCACUCAACCGCUCUAUCCAGGGUUUAGGAUAUAUUUGGGAUCAACAGUGAAACUGUCAUCUCCAUAGAUUUUAUGAAUAAUAGUGUCAUAUUACACGUUUAAGCAUCAUGUGGGAUGCCUGGUCCAGUCUGAUACCUCACCUAACCUGGUUAACAAAGGUGAUGGCAUUUGUAUUGUUUUAAUACAAGUUUUAAACAAGCUAGUAUUGUUUUCAAUGGAGGUGUACUAAAAAUAAGUUUUGUUUUAUUUUUUACUACAUACUACUUUCUGCACUUUAGCCCAGAGGUUGAACACUGUUGACAAAUGCAAUUUUUAAUUUUUCAUUGUGCCAUAUCAACUCUGUAUUAUAUUUGGAGCCUGCUGCUGUGCAUUAUGAUUUUAAGAUUCUUUUCCCCCUUACAAUCCUUACAGACAAAUUAUAUCAGAACAUGAACUUUGCAUGUUUAAUAAAUAUGACUCAAGACAAAACCAGUCAUAAUGGUCAUUGAAAAGCUGAACAAUUAAGCUUUCCAGUGAUGCUUGGUUUGUUAAGAUAGGACAAUAUUUGGCCGAGAUACAACUAUUUGGAAAUCUAGAA